UAUAGAAUUGGGUAUCAAAAGUCAAGCAGGUGGUAACGCUAUUGAUUUAGAGUUGAUUGGUGCUGAUCAGGAAAGAAAAAUUAUUGGUCGGAUUCAAACAGAGAAGAAUGUUGAUCGGAUUGAAACAGAGUAUGCAGUUGAUAUGGAUGAACCAGAGAAUAGAAGUGUUUUUGGGGAUCAACAACAGUCAAAUAGUGGACAAGGGCAGCCAGUCGGGAGUGUUAUGUCAAAGAAAAGAAAAACAUAUGUCUCAUUUUCUCAAACCUUAUGCGAUAUUUGUGCAGAGAUUCCGGUAUGUACAAUGUGUACAAACUGCAGAAAGAUAUAUUGCAAGAUAUGCUCCGACGUUCAUACAGAAUCGGAAAAAGACCAUCAUAUUAUUCACAUACCACAUGUUGCUGGGAAUCAAGAAGAAAUCAUAUGUGGUAAAUGCGUUAAAAAUAAGGCCGAACAACUUUGUACAACCUGCUUGAACCUAAUGUGCGAGUCUUGUGCAGAGAGCCAAAUCCAUACAAGCUGUAAAGGAACUAAAAUGUUGAUAAUUUAUCAAGGUCAUCCUAAACUACAGAGACAAAAGUCUGAAGAAAAACUUAACUAUUUUCAGGAUUUGUCAAUUAAGAAAAGAGAAGAGCCGUACCCCAUUCGCAUUUGCGGAAUGUCUUACAUAGCUGACGGUAGACUUGUAUUAGUUGAUAAAAACAAUCGCAACUUGCUUGUUUUCAAAUCAAAAGAAGAAAAAAUUAGAACAUAUUUAGAAGAGGAACCACACGCACUUACUUCAAUGACUGGACAACAUAUUGCUAUAACGUUUCCCUUUCAAAUGGAAAUACGAAUAUAUAAAAUUUCUGAAAACUCUAUUGGUAAACUAAACCGUAUUGGUCUACCUUCCUUUGGACUGUACAACUCAAAACCAUAUAGUAUUGCAUUCGAUAACGACUUCUUUGUAGUCGAAGUGGGCGAAGGUGACGAUGGAAAGAUAAUUAUAAUGAACGAUAAACAAAUUCAUAACGAAAUACAUAAUAAGAAUUUUGCAUACUUUACUGGAAACACAAUACGUCUCGCGCUCGAGGUGAAAAAUCAUAAUCCAUUGGAAGGACGCGUUUUCCUAUCAGCAUUGAGUAAGAACGUGGUAUUUUGUGUUGAUUUUCAAGGCAAAGAAGUUUGGAAGGUAUCCAUCCCAAGCCCGAGAGGUAUAAGUAUUGUUCAAGAAGACUGCACUCCAGGGAACAACUUGGUUAUCUGCAGUAGACGGUGUAAUGCCCUUUUUGGAUUAAACAAGGAUAAUGGAAGGGAUAAACAAAUUUUAUUAUCUGGAGGUAAAAUAAAUUUGCCAAGGUUUAUUUCAUACAACAACAAAAACAGAUUGUUAUGCAUUCAAGUUACGAAAGGAGACGAUGAAGACGAGUCAGUGUCAUUUAUUGAAGUCAGACCUCAACUUUCAAUAAAGCCUACAAAGACAAUAUAGUCAAGAUUGUAUAGAGUUUUUAAAUUAGCCUAAUUUUUUGACGGAAUCCGAUGUAUUUUACAAUUAAAUCGGUUUGAUUGUAGUUUUCUCACAAUCAAAUUGUAUUUUUCACAAUUAAAUUGUAUUUUUUUCACAAUUAAAUUAUAUUUUUCACAAAUGAAUUGUAUUUUUUUCACAAUUGAAUUGUUUUUUUUUUUUUAAAUUAAAUUGUAUUUUUUUUUUCACAAUUAAAUUGUAUUUUUUCCCAAAUUUGUCAGCAUCAUAAUGCAACAGCCAUUCUCGGAGACUGAAAGUCUCCAUCAUUUCUACUGACCUAUUUAAAGUUAUGUAAACUUGUAAUAUAUAAGCAUAGGCCUCACUGUGACUUUGAAUAACAGAAAUGAAAAGCUGUUCCUUUGCUUUUUGUUUCUUUUAUGGUGAUUUUUGUGAAAGGAAUGGAUGCGCCAUAUCCUUUCUUAUCAUUGAUGUUCAUAGAGUUUGUCGUUCGUGGUAUUUGGAUGCCGCAUUUUACUGUUACGGCGAAUUAAUUCUCGAUAAAAUUUCAUAAAUGUUUGGUACUUCAAUUUUUUUCUUUUUCUCGUUAUUCUAAUAUAAAAAAAUUGUUAUGCCGUCUACCCGUCUUAUUUUUCUUAUUCGUACGUAAGUUCCUGCCAAAUCAUCUAACAAAUAUCUUGACGUUCCCCGUAAUUGUCUAACUUCUCAUAUUGUUCUGUAUUUUACAGUAAAAGGAGUGUCUUUAAAGAUAUAAUCAAUUAAUAAAAGUUUAAUUGUACUGAUUGAUUGAUUGGUGUUUAACGCCACUUUCAGCACUAUUGGCAACUUCGUGGCGGUCAAUAUUUAUUGGUAGAGGAUAGACGGAGUGCCCGGAGAGAACCACCGAAGGAAAACUGCCAAUCCUAGCAGUUGCCACGUGCGGGAUUUGAAUUCACAACGUCAGUAUUGACAGGCUAUUGAAACAGUACUUAGACUACUUUCUGAACUGAGCAUUCAGUCAAUUGGGAGUUUUAGCUACAUGCAUGUUGAAGACUUCGUCGUGAUUUUGAGAUAAACAAUAGCAAAAAAAAAAACAUUUUGCAGUUGAUUUUGUAGUGUAUGCGUAAUAAUGGGGUGUCAUGAAUUAAUACACAGUGUACAUGAUGUAAUAUCUUUUCCAUAUUGAAUUGUGUGAUAAGGAAAAAUGCAACAUCACUUUUUCUUCUAGAUCUUUUACAUAUUUUUACUAGUUUUGAUAGAAAUGAAUUUUGAUUUAUUUUACAAAUAAAAAGAAUUUCACUGUCGUCAUGUCACCCAAAUUUAUAAGAUAAUUUUAAAAGAGAUUAAAUAAAAUACCAGAGUAGGACAAAGAAUUAAAAUAGCUAAUGAUUGCCAUUUUUCUACAAAAGAUUUACAAAGGCUUUAAAUUAGAGUUUAUCAUAUUAUCUUUAGAACAUAUUCACCUCUUCUCGUCCAAUGAAAAGUCAGUUUUUUCCCUUCUUAUUUUCAUAGUACAUUGCUUUCCAUGCACUAUAAAAUGCUUGACAUGAAUGACUUUUCAUUGUAGAUUAAUUAUGAAAGGGAACUCUAAGUAACUACCCUAACGAAGUGUACAAUCCCCCGAGGCAACUUCCUUGGGAAAAUAGCCUACUGAUUAAAGAUGAAAGUGAAUAGAAUUAUAAAAAACAUUUUGAAUUUUGCAAAUGUUUAUCAUGGUACAUAUAUAUAACAAACAAAAAAUGAAAUGGGGGCAAAGAUGUAGGUAAAAUAAUCUUUUAUUCAAAUUUGAUACCAGACAUUCGAGUUAAUUAUUUUUUUUUCUUUCAAGAAAACAAUGUCAGACUGCUGAUAUAUAUAGCAAAGGAUUUUUUUCUGAAAAAAAAAAACACAAUACAUAUACAUUCAAUAAAAAUUAAGCAUCUGAUGUUGAAUGGUUGUAAUUCAAAUAUUUAUAGAGUGAGUUUUAUAUUUAUCAAAAAAUAUACAAAUUUCAAAAAGCUGAUUUAUAUAACAUUGUGUGCUUUUUAAAAUCAAGAAAUUUAAGGUAUAUAAGUAUUAAAUUUUACCUGAAGCAGACGAAAAACUCAAUGUUUGAACAAUUCAUCCUUUUUGUCCUCACAAAACUAUGUUAGUUCUAUUUCAUUCCAUCCAUUGAAAUGAUCAUUACAUGUGUUAUACAUUCGUUUUGUUAACCUAGUUAACACUUCAUUAUAAAAAGUGAAUUCUUAUCAAGGUUUGAAUAUUACAAUGGGAAAGGAUAAUUUUGUAAGGUCACUCGAAAGUGUGAAUAUGUUCUAAAUUGGUCAGACAAUACUUGGUCAUGUUUAUGAACAUUUAAAACCCUCGGCUACGCCUUGGGCUUUAAAUCUUCAUAAAACAUGACCAAGUAUUGUCUAACCUUUACAUAAGCGAUAGCGAAUAUUAUGUAACCUUUGACAAUAUGUUGGAUUAGCAUGUCCGGAUUAAGACCACGCUAUCGUAGAUUUGAGCUCUUAGGUGACAUGGGGCCAGUGAAAGGGUUUAUGAGAUAUUUCCUUUGUUUACAUAAUUAUUUUACCUAUAUGGGCCUCACUUGGGAAUGAAACAAAAAUUGUAUUUUAUGAAUUUCUGGUCACUUGGACAUUGACCAGCAAAUAAUAAAGAUCUUUUAUUUUAGAAAGAAUUGUUUUUUUCUUUCCAGGUGAGUGUAACUUUAAGUUUUAUAAGUUGAUAUUUGUAAAUGGAUAUUUUCAUGUUUUAUGCAUUGAUAUUUUAAAUGAAUAUUUUCUAGAUGUUAAGAUAUUAUAAACCGAAAAGGGUAUAGUUGCAGCCGUAACAGCUUAGUUGAAGUUAAAGUAUUUUUACAUUUACAGAAUUUUUUAAUUUUGAUAGUUAUUUUUAGAGACAAAGUCUUUAUGUUUCCUAUUAUUGAAUUUAGCAUAUUUCUCCCUCUUUUUAAUAAUUAGAUAAUUGCAUUAUUUAAAUAACACGACUUUGUGACAUAUUUUGGUAUUUUGUAAUGUUUAAGUAUUUGAAAGACAAGACUUAUUUAUUUUAGUCAUUUACUUUAUCGUGUAAAUAUUAUUUAGCGUUGGUAUUUUUAUUGAGUUAUUUAGUAGUUAAUUUGAAUCUGAUCAUGAAGCGCAAGUAGUUAAUAGUACGUUUUAUUCCAUAUAUGAUGUUGAAAAACAGAGCGGUAUUAAGCUGUAUUUAACACUUUUAAAAAUAAAAUAAACACUGCGUCAAAUGCAAAAUUAUUAAGAAUGUGCAUUUGAUUCACUAUGAAGGCUUAAAGGUAACAACCAGAGUUUUGUAUAUUGUUUUAGUCAUUUAGAAAGUUUAAGUAUUCGUUAGAAUCAUGUAUAAAUGUUUAGUUUAAAGUCAGAACUACAAAUGAAAAUAAAACGCAUUUCUCUCUUUGUAGCCACAUACAUUUUUAUUGUUCAGAUUCCUUUGUUGUAAAUAAUUAUAAUGUUUUUAUACUCGUGUGUUUAAAUUAAUAAUAUUCUGUUUACACAUCAUAUUUAACUUAGUUUUAAAGUGAAUAAUUUGGUUACCAUGGCAACACUUAUCAAAAUUCAAAAAGAGGCCCUUGUCUCACUCAUGUUGACAUUAUUUGGCAUCAGCACAUUAAUUUAACUGAGCUAGUUAGCUCCCCCAUUUUAUCUUUAUUGUUUUAUAAUGCGAAUAUAUAUGUUCCAUCUUUAUAUUAUUAUGCAAUC